CGACGAUGAAGCCUAACCGCACGUUGGCAACGCCUAUCAAGCGACCUUUGUCUGCUUCCAACUCGACGGAUAAUGCGUCGAGGCCGUCAAGCGUACUCGGGUCGGCCAAGAAAUACAAGGCUGCAGUUUCGUCAGAGUCAAGGACACGCCUAAACGCAAAGCCGAGGCCUCUGUCUCUUGCACCGGGAACGCCAUCGCGACCCCGUCAUGGGUCGGCUUCACCUCGUCCGAAGACGCCUACUACUCCAAGGUCCAGAGAAACAGACAGCCCACUGCUGCGCCCAGUGAGCGCCAUGGAUGUUAGUAGAGUGGAUCCAGAAGCAGCGCUAGUCGACUUUGAAAGCCUUGAGCCAGGCGAUAUAUCUGCCGAAAUCGACGAGUCGCAGUUACCUGCCGCCGACCAUGGUAGCAAGGACAAAGUACUUGUCUCCGUUCGCAUUCGACCAACUUCUGGCGCUUCAGCCUGGACCGCAACCCCAGGCACCUCAACCCAGGCCAAGUCCAUCAAGCUACUACCACAGCACGUCAAAUCAUCAUCAUCAUCCCCCCCUGAAUUCCACUUCGACGAGAUCCUACAAGGCUCUGCCAACAAACCGGUGUACAACGCGGUCGCGCGCUCACAUGUGCACGCGGCUAUGGAAGGCUUCAAUUCCGUGGUCUUCGCGUACGGUCAGACAGCGUCCGGGAAAACCUUCACUUUGAGCGGGAACGACGAUGAACCUGGUAUCAUCCCACGCGCCAUGAAGGACAUCUUCGCCUUCAUCCGUCGCACCCCAACUCGCGAAUACCUGCUUCGGUGCUCUUACCUCGAGAUUUACAAUGAGGCCAUCCAUGAUCUGCUCGCUCCGCCUUCGUCACCUUCCCAGGUACAGAUACAGGGUACCGGGGCCAACAUCUGGCUUGCCCCGCUCCGGGAGGAAGUGGUCACUAGUCUGAAGGAGAUGCGGGAGGUCAUCAAGCGUGGAGAAGGCAACCGCCGAACUGCAACAACGGACUGGAAUGAACGGAGUAGCCGGAGUCACUCUGUCUUCCGGGUAGUAAUCGAGAGCCGCGAACGUGGCGAGGGUCUCAAUUCAAGUUCAACCAGUGGCAGGCAGACACCUGGUCCCUGUCCCCCAACUCCAGGCGGACCACGGUUGCAAGCAAUAGGAGGAAGGAGCGUACAAACAAGUACAUUGAGCCUCAUCGAUUUGGCUGGCUCGGAGAAAGCCACCUCGGACAAAGAUCGUACAAGAGAAGGCAAGUACAUCAACACCAGUCUCUUGACACUCGGAUCUGUUAUAUCGACUCUCGCUGACAACGCCGCCAAGGGGAAAUCUGACUACGUACCGUUCCGGAACUCGAAGCUCACCCGACUGCUCCAGCCAUCUUUAUCUGGUGAUGCACGUAUAUCCGUCAUCUGCACGUUAUCACCAGACGCGACUCACGUCCCCGAAACGACAAACACGCUCCUGUUCGCUCAGCGAAUCAAGAAGGUCGUGCUGAGCGCCAAGAAGAAUGAAGUAGUGGAUACUGACGCCCUUAUCGAGCGAUACCGACUGGAGAUCGAGGACCUCAAGCGCAGGCUGUCUGACAGAGAGCGGGAAGCUCCCGUCAAAUCUCGUCGUCUCUCUGCCCAAGAGCAACACGACGAGUCCAAAGCCAUGAGGGAUCUUAACGCACGCAUCAAGCAGCUGACCAAGUUGAUCUUGACUAGUCAGACCGUCGAUGAGACGCAGGGCGACAAGUCGCGCCCCGCAAGUCCGACUAAGGUUGACUUCGACAUGUCACCAUAUCAGUUGCAACAAGAACUUCUGUCUGCGAGACGAGAACUCGAGACCCAGGCGACACAGAUCCUUUCCCUUGAGGCUGCACUCAUGGCACGGCCGCCCUUGCCCGCCGACGCUCCGGAGAGCGAGAAGGACAAGUUGAUCGUUGAUCAGGCCAAGACGAUCAAGGAGCUUGAGAUCGUUGUCCGCGGGUACGAGAGCAAUCUUGGCGAACCACUGCGUCAAGUGCGCGAAGACGUCGAGCGAGAGUGGAGUGCGAAGCUGGAGAGGGAGACUAGGAAACGCGAAGAGAAGGAAGCUUGGGCAGAAGAACUGAUCAAGCAGCUGGACAAAGAGAAGAAGAUGAGGCUCAAGCUGGAGAACGAACGAUCCGCGCUUCAAGCCUUCGUGACGAAGUUUGACGCCCUUGGCUUGGGAGGACUGGGCCUUUCGCAGCCGUCUGUGCCGUCGAAACUCAAGCCACCGAAGCCCACCCCUGGUGGCGCUGCCAGGGCGUUCGCGGAGAGGCAAAACGGUCGAGGUGGACGAUUAGGUCUAGGCCUCGGCGGCAUAGAAGAAGUUGACGCCAAUGACUCGCCCAUCAAGAUUGACAUGACGGGCCAAAGCAUGGCCAUGGCGGACGGACCCAGCCUAUUGCACGAGGACCCUCGUUGGGACCUCUCAUUCGGCGGCGACGGGGAAGACAGCUUCGAGGUGGAACAAGCGCUGUUGGGUCCAAGCAGCGACAAGUGCCGAUCAGACAUCCUCGACGAGAAGGAGAAUUUGCCGAUAUAAUCACAAUGUGCUACCAAAUUCUGGACGGAAUAUUCGUUGUCGCUGGAUGCUCAACUCUUGCUUUUGCGCUUGCUCUGUGUUGUCGUCGCAUUUUAUUCUUGUAACACUGCUCAUCUGCAUAUACAUCAUAUUUACUGCAGACGGGAUAUACGGACCAUAUCGCUCACGGCUGUUCGAGGCCAUCGCUGCGGUAGCUCGUGAAUG